GUUCUGGACGACAGCUGAGACCGGCUGAGCCUCCAGGAGAUGCUGAUGCUGAUGCAGAUGCAGAUGCAGAUGCAGAGGAUGAAGAUUCUGUUAAUGAAGUGGCAGUAGAAGACAUCCGUCCAAGGCCACAAGGAUCCUCUCCAGUUUAUGAAUAUUCCAUAGAAGAAGAAUAUACAAAGCUUCAAGAAGAAAACAAAAAAUAUUCUACAGACAAAUCAAAACAGAGUCAUUCACAGGAGACAAUGGAAGUGACCCUGAAAACAGAAGUGGAAGCUGGUGCUAGCGGUUUUAGUGUGACGGGUGGAGGAGAUGAAGGAAUAUUUAUUAAAAAAGUACUUAAGGAAUCUCCCGCUUCAAAAAUAUUUAGUCUGAGAGAAGGUGAUCAGCUUCUAAGUGCUACAAUAUUUUUUGAUAAUAUUAAAUAUGAAGAUGCACUCAAGAUUCUCCAAUAUUCCGAGCCAUACAGAGUACAAUUCAGCCUAAAAAGAAAAAUUGCUGGGAAAGAAGAGUUAGAACACGUCCACUCCACAGCCCAGUACAAAAACGAAAGAAAAAGCCAGGAAAAAGAACUCAGUGAGAGCAUUCCUGAAGAAACACUGCAUGUUUCAGGAAAAGCCAUUUCAGAAGAAGACAGAGAAACAUUAAUUGUAAGCCAAAGGGCAGGAAGAAGCAAGAGACCUAAAAAAGAUAGAUUAUCAUGGCCAAAAUUCCAGUCAAUCAAAAAUAAAAAGAUACUGGGGCACAGAAGAUCUCAUAGUACAUCAGAUGCAUAUGAGCCUGCUAUACAGGAUAUUUCCCCUACAAGCACAGACACAGAGUCCCAAUCUCAACAAGAAGUCCAUAUAAAAGAAAAAAAAGGAAGCCAAAAGAAACUGAAGUUCCCUAGCAUUGGAUUCAAAAUGCAUAGAUCCAAACCAGAACCACAAGACAAGCAAAAAAAAGAAAUAAAAACUACACUGCUGUCUGAAAGAGAAAAAAUCCAUAAAGAAGGUAUCAGCUUGGAAAAUCCCGAAAUCCUAACUGUUGAAUAUACCGCAUCUCCAGCUUACGAAAUUAAAACAGGGGAGGUACAUGAAACUUUAACAAAAGACUUAAAUGAUAUGAAAAAUGGCAUUCCAUCUCAUGCAAAAAAAUGCCCUGAAGUUGAAAUAACCAUUAAAAAAGAAAAAGAAAAGGAAUCAACAUCAAAGUUUACUGUACCUGAAGUAUCAGCUGUAACAACACAGAUAUCAACACCCUGCUUAGAAACACCUGAUGUGAAAGAAAGCCCAACUAAACAAACACCACAAGCAUCAUCAAAAUCCCGAAAAAAGAAACAGAAAGGAACAGCAGAUAAAAGAGUAGGAGAGAGUGGAAUUAACAUAGACAUAAUGGGUCACACAGCACAAGGAUCUAUACAGUUAAAAGGUCUAGAAAUAGCUACUGCUAAAACAGAAUUACACAUGACAUAUGACACACUGGAAACAGGAGAAAAACAAGCCGAAGAAGACACACAUAUACUAACAAUUCAGAAGACAAAAUCUGGGAUUUCAAUGCCCAAAACAAAAGAGUCAGAGGCUGAAAAAAACAAACCAGGAAGUGAUGGUCCACAUUCAGUACCAGAAAAAACAGUUGAUAAAAGUUCAGAGGAUGGCAGGAAUUUGGAAGUGAAACCUCACAUGUCUGACACAGAAUCAGAAGUAUCUACUUGGAAAAUACAGACACCAUCAUUGAAAAUGGCAAAAAUACCUAAAGUUGACAUGAAAAUACCAAGAGAAGAAAGCACUCUUGAAUCAGUAGAUACUGUAAAAAAGGAAAAGAGAGAAGAAGAUAGUACGUCUGCAAGUGAUAAAAGCUUGAAAAUGGACAUUGGCAUGAAUACAAUGGAAAAGGAUAUAGAGGGAAAAGAAAGCAAAUUCAGACUGCCAAAAUUUAAAUUACCUACAUUUACAUGGAACCAUGUGGAAGAGCAAGAAGAAAAAACGGCAAUUACCAAACAACGUAUUGAAAAGAAACCUGGUUUAAUAUCGAAGAAAACAGGAGAAAUACCUCAAAAUACACAAGGUGACAUCAAAAUUCCCAAGGUAGACAUCAGCCUCCCGUCCGUCGACGUCACCCUUCCAAAGGCCAGCGUCGACCUGCAGGCGCCCGAGGCGGCCCUCACCCUCGAAGGGGAAGCAAAAGCCCCGGAGAAGGAGGCCGCCAAGACCAAGGACGGCAAGUUCAAGAUGCCCAAGUUCGGCAUGCCUUCCUUUGGCUGGUCCAGCAGCAGAGAGGCCAAGAGCACCGUGGCCGCUGACGUGGACGUCAGCCUCAAGGAGCCCCAGGCGACGGUGCCCUCGGGAACGGCCGAAGUCGACGUGACCCUGCCCGGGGCCGAGAUCCAAGCACCGUCUUUUGAUGUUGUCAUUGAUUCGUCUUCUCUUAAAGAGGAUAUUGUUGGAAAAGAUAAAAGUUCUCUCUUUAGAAUGCCUAAGGUUUCCCUUUCUAAGAGUUCUAAACCUCAGACACAUAGUAAAUCCGUAGUUGAAAUUUCCGUUUCAGAAGAUCUUUGUUAUUCUGUAACGGAAGAAACUCCUGCUGUUAUUUCAGGCAGUGUCGGAUCUAAACUCACUGAUACUAAGGGAGACAGUGGUUCUAAAUAUACUAAAUUCAGAAUUCCUAGCUUGGGUUUCUCGAAGGUUGAUAUUGGUUCUUCUAAAAUCGAGCUGGAUUCCCCAUUACCAAAAGGAGAUAUUACUCUUACUAAAUAUCAAAUUAAUCUAGCAGAAUAUGAGUCAAAAAUAUCACCUCUUGCUGACAAGAAUCUUUCAGUAACAGAUGCUGAAAUUUCAAAAGAAUAUGUUUCUUUGGAGCAAAGAAGUCUGAAGCCAGGAAUAAAAACACCAGCUGAUGAAAUAUCUGCGGUUGGCACAGAGUUUACAGUUAAAAUUCCUAAAUUCCGAAAACCAAAAUUUGGAAUUUCUAGGUCAAAAGGAAAACCAUUAGAAAGUGACAUUGUUUCCAAAGUGGAAUCUGAAAUUUCAAAGGGAAGAAUAACACCUGGUAUGACUGAUAUUGAUACUGAACAACCAGCUCAGAUCUCUGAUGCUGAAUUAAUUGUAACGAUGCACAGGCCUUCACCUGAAGUUACACUCAAUGCACCAACGCUGGAUGUCAGUCUCCCAUCAAUGGAACUUACCAUGCCAAAAUUAGAAAUCCAUGGCCCAGAUUUAGAUGGCAAGGCAGAACAGGAAGUAGUUUCAGGAGAAAAGGACACUGAGGAGAAAGAAAACACAUUUAAAACAUCAAAAUUCAAACUGCCUUCAUUUAGUUGGUCACCAAAGAAAGAAGGUGUUGCUCCUUCUGAAGUUGAGGGACAUAUGGAAGAACCCACUUUGUCUACUUUAUCUGGGGACACAGAAUCUGAAUUAACAUUUCCUACCCCUGAGAAUCAAUACCUUCAUGCAGAAUUUGAUACAUCAACAGAAAAAGAUGGUGAAAAGGGCAGAAGCAGGAGGUCUCAAUUUAUUGUGCCAAAGAUUUCAUUCCCUAAAAUUAAGGGUCAAAAAGUCCAGGUCUCUCUGCCCAUACUGGAAACUGAUGUUUCUGGUCCCAAACAAGAAAAAGAAGGUGUUUCAGUACAGAAAUCUGAGAAAAUAAGUAGGGGAGAAGGGGCAGGAAUGGGUAUAAAAAUGCCAAAAGUUACAGUCCCAACUUUGGAAUUUUCCAAACCAGAAAUCACAGCUCCAAAAAUAGAGAUGGACAUUAGCAUGCCUACAGGUGAGGUCAUACUUCCUACAUGUGAAGAAGAUGACCUGGUAUCGAAAUCAGCUGCUGCUAAUGCCAGCCUCUCCACCUCAGAUACUAAGAUGAUAACUGAAGGCUCCCUUGAGGUGAAGAGUCCUGACACAAGAGCUGGAAGAAAAUCAAGUGAAAUUGCCGUGAGUGAUGUAGAAAUAAAAAUUGAAGGGAAAGGGUCAGAAAAGGAGGCCAGCCAAACCAAAUCAGAAGUCAAGGUUCCCCAAAUAAAAGCAACGGUAGAAAUAGCUGACAUUGCUGUUGAAGCACCAAAUUUGAAGGUGGAAUGUGGUACAGGUACAGAAACUCACAGCCCUGAAGUCCAAAUGACCAAAGCUGACAAUAAGGUAUUAGAGGCUGACAUUCACCUCCCAUCAGUUGACAUUUCUUUUCCCAAAACAGACAGUGAUAUUCAGGAUCCAGAUGCAGCACUUAAAAUCAAAGGGGAAAUAAAGGAAGAUGGAGAUGGAGAAGAGAAAGAAGGACACUUCAAGAUGCCAAAAUUCAAACUUCCAUCCUUCAGUUGGUCACCAAAGAAGGAAGCAAGUGUUAAACCAGAUUCUGGAGUAAAUUUGGAAGAUCAGAAAAUUGCUGUAAAGUCAAGCAAAAUAGACACAGAAGUGAGAGGAACUGCAACUGAAGAUAAAGGUACUGGGCCAGCCCUUGAUCUGGAAAUAUCUGCAGGGAAAGUUGAACAAAAAAGUACAGUUAAAAAGCCUCAAUUUGUCAUGCCCAAAAUUUCACUCUCCAAGAUCAAGGUUCCCAAAUCUCAGAUGCAUUCACCAAAAGCUGAAGCUGAUGCUACUGUUCCUAAAACAGAAGGAGAGGGUGAUGAUUCAAUACAAAUACCUGAUAUAGAAAGAAGUCAUUACGAAAGGAGAGAAGGGGCACAAAUAAGCAUAAAACUGGCUGAUGUUAAGAUCCCCACUCUGGAGUCUUCCAAAAUUGAAACUGGAGCCCCCAAAAGUGAAAUGGGAGUCAGCUCAGCAAAGGCUGAUGCUGCUUUGCCUCUGUCAGAAGGGAGUUUUCAACAGGUUGUCCUAAAAUCAAGUUCUACCGAUGAAGAUACCAUUCAAAAAACAGGUAUUAAGUUCCCCAAAGGAGAAGCUUCAAUUGAACUGAGGGGCUCUGAAAUAGCAACAGAAAGCUCAGCAGUUGUGGAUGGAAGAAAGAUGAAAUUCGAAGGUCCUGAAGGGAAGAUUAAAAUUCCCAAAUUCCAGAAGUCAAAGUUUGGAAUCUCCUUAACAAAAGGGAAAGGCCCAGAGACAGAGAUCAGCUCUCCAAAAAUAGAAGCUGAGCUACCCCAGCUAAAAGUGACAAAGGAAAUUGCUGACAUUGCUGUGAGAGUUCCAGCAUCAGAACUCACAUCUGAUAUGUCAGAUCCUGGAGUAGGUGUUUGUAAGAUAAAAACACCCCAAAGUCUGACAGCUGGCAUUGAAGCCUCAAAGAUAGACAUAAGCCCCGAGACGUCCUUAAAGGAAAAAAAAGGUGAUGCUGAUAUUGAAAGAAGUAUGGAAAAAGCUCAUGCAGGCAUUCCCUCUGCCGAAGUACAAACUGAAACAAGUAUUCCUGAAAAUGCCUUCUCAUUACCACACACAGUUGCUAAAAUUACUAUUGGAAAAGAAGGGAUUCCAAAAUUAGGAGAUUCUGUAAAGAGUUCUGAUGUUAGCUUGUCAAAGAUGGAAGGAGAUAUUUCGUUAUCCACCAAAAGAACAGAUAGUAGCAUGAAUAUUCCAAAAAAUGAAACUUAUGCAGACAUAGUUAAGCACGGUGCUGAAGUACAAAAACUGCGUACUUCAGAAUUCACAGUGUCUUCAGCAGAAUUGUCUAAAUCAUAUCUAAGUGCUUCAGAAAUUGAAAAAGAGAACAGUUUAACAAAUAGGUUUCCUACGUGUGCUCUGACUCUUCAAGAGUAUAAAGUUGAACCACAGGAUAUAGAAGUCCCAAAGGCAGAAAGUUGCACUAAGUUAGAGACUUCAGGAGUAGGAUGUAGACUAUCAUCAGCUGAAAUUACUCUGGAUGCAACACAGAAGAAAAUAGAUGUUAGUCUUCCAAAGGAAGAGCUAGAUAUUAAAAAUCAAGAGGCAGCAAAUAAAAAACAAAAGAUAAAGGGUGAGAUGAAAAUUAUAGGAAAAGGCAGUGAAGGAAGCGAAUUAAAAAUGCCUACAUGUGAAUUGCCUACAACAAAGGGAUCAGAAGAUGGUGUUUAUGUUACAGCUAAGCUGGAAGAUGUAAAGGUAGAGGUUCCAGGAGUGAAGAUGGAUGUUAAAAUUGCCAGAGUAGAUCCUGAAAUGAAAUUUCAAAUGAAAAGUGUUGAAAAGGACAUGUCUGCUGGAGUGGAAGUGCAAGUAGAAGACAGACCAGAAACAAGUAAAAUUAAAACAUACAAGUUUAAGAUUCCAAGGUUGGGACUAUUGCAUUCAGAAGUGAAGGGUUUUGAAGAUGAUAUCAAUUUGCCAAAGUCAGAAGCUGAUUCAGUAUCUAAAACUGAAAUAGGCACAGCAGAAAUGCAGUUUCAAAAAUCAGAAGGAUCUAUUGGCCUGAAAAGUCCAGCUCUAGCUCAUGUGGAAGCACCUGCCAGAAUAACAGUGGAAACAGUGGACAAAUCACAAGGUGGCCCAGAAGUAAAUAUAAAAAUUCCCAAACUAAAAAUACCAAGAUUCACUUUCAAAGCUCUCCCAACUGAAGCUGAUAUUUCAGUGUCAAAAGUAGUAACAGAUCCAAAGGGAUCUAGUACUGACAUUGAAAUAGUGCAACUGCAAGCAAGCUCUGCUAUCCCUGGACAAACACCAGAUGCUCUGGAGGGUGAUAUUCAAAAAGCAAAAAGCAAAAUUCUAACACUGACUGAACCUGACAUUAAAACAGCAGAGAUGACUACAACCAUAGAGUCCUCCCUUUCAAAUAUAGGGCAAGACAUUCAUUGGUCAUAUGUAGAGGGUCAAGAAGUAAGUGAGAAAGUAGAACCUGAACAUGUUGCUAUUGAAAGGUGUGAGAUUUACACUACUGAAAUACUGAAAGAAUCAGAGAUUCUCUCAUCAGAAGUCAAAACUGCUACGUUGGGAUUCUCAUUGCUCAAGGUGAAGAUGCCUGAAUCACAUAGCAAUUUAGAAGUGCUAGUCCAGCAGCCAUCUUCAACAGAAGAUGUAUCAGUGAGCAAACCUACAUAUGCUGAUGAAAGCUUCAGAGCAGCAGCACAGAGGACUGGCAGUGCUGAGCUUAAACUACCUGAAAAACCACAGAGUGAGAGUGAGGGAUGUAGUGGAGAAGUAAGUUUGCCCAAGCUAAAAACAUUUGCUGCUGAAGCAAAGCCUUCCAGUAAACUUGAAGGGAGUCUUCUCAAUAAGUCACCAGAGGGAAUAACUGCAGGUCCUUUCUCUAAAGAUGAGGAUGUAGCUGAAGCACUAGAAGAUGAAGAAAAAGACAUAACCAAUGAAAAAGAAAAGACUGACAGUAAAAGAUCUCCUGGAAGAUUCAAAUUUUGGCUUCCAAAUAUUGGCUUUUCAUCUUCUGGUGAUGAAACAAGCACAGAUUCAAAAACAGAAGUAAAAAAAUCAGUUCCAGAAGAUGUGAAACCUGCUGACACAUCAGAUACUGAUUCUGCUAAGCAAACUGAAAAAACCGGAUGGUUUCGAUUUCCCAAACUUGGUUUCACAUCUCCUUCCAAAAAGCCUAAGUCUGUUGACAAAGAAGAGAUGGGUCAUAAAGAGGGAAUAAUCUCAGACGAAGAAAGCCCAUCAGAUAAGCCUGAUGUAUUUUUUGAUGCACAGGAAAGCUUAUCACCUAAAGAAACAACAGAGGGUGAAAAAGUUGAAAUUGAUGGGGCCUCAUCCAGUGUUCCAGUUUCUGGAACUAUCGUGACAUCUUCAGCAAGAACUGAACUAAUCUUGUUGGAGGAAGAAAAAGAUAGUCAAUCUAAUAUUCCUGGAGAUACAACCAAAUGA